GAGCCCCGAGGGGUCCUUGCCGGUGUGGGGUCGAGGCCCGCGGCGGCCGCAAGCGCGCCUCCGCCCGGAAUCGGCCCCGCCGCGGUUCGGUGCUGUCCCGGAUGUUUCUACCCCGCCACCAGGCCAGCUCUGCCUCAUCCUGUCCAUCACCAAACCCGAGCGGGGUCGGACUGCGCGUAGAAUCGGUGACCCCGCCGCCCUGAGGAGAUUCAGCCACAACAUGGCAGCUGUUUUGAUCGGGAAAAUGAUCGUUUCUGCCGUGAACCCUUUAUUACGACUGAGGCGUUUCACGGCGACCCCCCGCACGCUCUCCACACUCCUGCUGGGUCCCCCUCGCGCCGCAGUUACAGCGGGGGCGGGUGCGAAGCCCAGCGCAGCAGCCGUGGCCUCCCUCCCCUCCUUCCGCCUCCUGCCCUGCCUGCAGCCCGCUCUGGGGUUCAAGACCAAGGGCGUCAUCAAGAAGCGCUGCAGGGACUGUUACCUCGUGAAGAGGCGCGGCCGGUGGUUCAUCUACUGCAAAACGAACCCAAAGCACAAGCAAAGGCAGAUGUAGCUCCUUUUGCUGUGAAAUCGUACAAAUUAGGACAUCUUUUUGAGAAAUGGUGUCUGUCACUUAUCCAAGAACAAUUAAAAGUGCCGGUUCUGCCCUCUAACGUUGCUGCCAGUCGCGUUCUGUUGACUCUACUUUCCAGGCGCCUCACUCUCUCCAGGUCCAGCCAGAGUUCUAGGCGGGAAAGGCGUCAUCUCACGUGCUUCUGUGUGUGCUCCGCCGGGACCGCGGGAAAGCCACUUUGUCCCCCCACAUUAGAAAGCAAGUUGUUUAGAAAGAGCUAGACUCGGUCUGAAAGGCCAUCGGGGAGGGGACAGCCUUCACCGGGUCUGCAUGGGGUGGGCCGCUGCUCUCCCGACUCAAACACUUGUCCACGUUCCUGUCUCCGGUCCGGUGGGAGGCCUUGACAGCAGCCUUUAAGUCAAAGGCGAUUUAAUUGUUUACAGAAGUAUUUUGGAUAUCCAUUAAAUAUGUUUGUUGUCCUCGGUCUGA